AAAUUUGGAUUGUUUGAAAAGCGGGAACAUAUUUCACCAUAGUGCUAAAGAAGAUACAGAAGAGAGCAGAAUGAGACCUUCCCAAGUACCACAUGCCUGCAGCCUGUUAUCUUUAGUGAUGCUGUUCCUUCCAGUCACUGGAACGUCAAAACAAACUAUUCCAAGACUUAAGCUUUCCUAUAAAGACUUGCUGCUUUCAAACAGCUGCAUCCCAUUCCUGGGCUCGACAGAGGGGCUUGAUUUUCGAACCCUGCUGCUAGAUGAGGAGAGGGGCCGUCUGCUAAUCGGGGCUAAAGACCACAUCUUCCUGCUCAACUUGGUUGAUUUAAACAAAAAUGUAAAAAAGAUUUACUGGCCUGCAGCAAAAGAAAAGCUAGAAUUAUGCAAAUUAGCUGGGAAAGAUGCCCUUACAGAAUGUGCCAAUUUUAUCAGGGUUCUCCAGCCCUACAACCGAACCCACGUUUAUGUCUGUGGCACAGGAGCAUUUCACCCUCUCUGUGGAUACAUUGAACUUGGAACUCACAAAGAGGAAACGGUAUUCCGGCUGGAUACUCAGAACUUGGAGUCUGGCAGAUUGAAAUGCCCUUUUGAUCCUCAGCAACCAUUUGCUUCAGUGAUGGCAGAUGAGUAUCUUUAUGCUGGAACAGCUUCUGAUUUCCUUGGCAAAGACACUGCUCUAACACGUUCUCUGGGCCCUUCUCACGACCACCAUUACAUCAGAACUGACAUUUCUGAACAUUACUGGCUUACUGGAGCAAAAUUCAUUGGAACUUUUCCCAUCCCGGACACCUAUAACCCAGAUGAUGACAAGAUCUACUUCUUUUUCCGAGAAAUAUCACAAGACAGUGGCACGUCUGACAAGACAAUCCUUUCCCGAGUUGGGAGAGUUUGUAAGAAUGAUAUGGGAGGCCAAAGAAGCCUAAUAAACAAGUGGACUACAUUUCUGAAAGCCAGGCUUGUGUGUUCAAUACCGGGUCCUGAAGGAGCAGACACACAUUUUGAUGAGCUGCAAGAUAUAUUCUUACUUUCUACAAGAGAUGAAAGAAACCCACUUGUAUAUGGAGUCUUCACUACAACAAGCUCUGUCUUCAAGGGCUCUGCAGUGUGUGUGUACAGCAUGGCAGAUAUCAGAGCUGUUUUCAAUGGCCCUUAUGCUCACAAAGAGAGUGUGGAUCACCGGUGGGUACAAUACGAAGGUCGCAUCCCGUAUCCUAGACCUGGUACAUGUCCAAGCAAAACCUAUGAUCCGCUCAUAAAGUCUACCAGGGACUUUCCUGAUGAAGUCAUUAGCUUUAUUAAACGCCAUCCACUGAUGUACAAAUCCGUUUACCCAGUGACGGGAGGACCGGUAUUCACUCGGAUCAACGUGGACUAUCGUCUGACUCAAAUUGUGGUGGACCACGUCAUGGCAGAGGAUGGGCAAUAUGACGUUAUUUUCCUAGGAACAGACAUUGGCACGGUCCUGAAGGUUGUGAGUAUCACAAAGGAGAAGUGGACAAAGGAGGAGGUGGUCCUGGAAGAGCUGCAGAUAUUCAAACACCCUUCAGUUAUCUCAACCAUGGAGAUUUCUCAGAAGCAGCAACAAUUGUACAUUGGUUCCAGGGAUGGAUUGGUUCAGCUCUCUCUGCACAGAUGUCACACGUAUGGGAAGGCUUGUGCAGACUGCUGCCUUGCCAGAGACCCAUACUGCGCAUGGGAUGGAAACUCAUGUUCCAGAUAUGCCCCCACUUCUAAAAGGCGAGCCAGAAGGCAAGAUGUCAAAUACGGAGACCCCGUUGCACAGUGCUGGGAUGUGGAAGACAGCAUUAGUCAUGAAACUGCUGAUGAAAAGGUGAUUUUUGGCAUUGAAUUUAAUUCAACUUUUCUGGAAUGUAUUCCUAAGUCCCAGCAAGCCUCUAUUAGGUGGUAUAUUCAGCGCUCUGGAGAAGAACAUCGAGAAGAGCUGAAGGCCGAUGAAAGAAUCAUCAAAACCGAACAUGGGCUGCUGAUCCGCAGCUUGCAAAGAAAGGAUGCGGGAGCCUAUUUCUGCAAAGCUCAGGAGCACACCUUUGUCCAUACUAUUGUAAAGCUGAAUUUAAAUGUCAUUGAAAACGGGCAAAUGGAAAGCACUCAGAAAACUGAGGAUGAGGAGGGCCGAGUGAGGGAUUUGCUGACGGAGUCGCGGUUGAGAUACAAGGACUACAUCCAGCUUGUCAGCAGCCCCAGCUUUAGCCUGGAUGAGUACUGUGAACAGAUGUGGCACCGGGAGAAGCGGCGGCAGCGGAACAAAGGUAGUGCCAAAUGGAAGCAUGUGCAGGAGAUGAAAAAAAAGCGAAACCGAAGGCACCAUGAGCCCGCGAGGCCACCGUCUACGUAGUUUGUAAACGCUAUUUAAAGAAAGGACAUUUUCCGUGGUGGAAGAAAAAAUACUGUGUUCUGGUUUUGCGCAUCUUGCCUAUGAAUUAGUACUCCUUCUUACUGAAAUCAGAUAACUCACCAUCACUGUUAAUCUGUAUGAGACUGUACAAUGGGAUUCGAUACUAAAUGAGAUGUUCCUUAUUGAAGUGCCACACACCAGGCAGCAAUUUCAAAUGCAUUCAUUAAAAAGAAAAGACGUUCACUUUUAGCUAAUUUCUGGGUAGCCUUAGGCUACGUGAGCUGUGUUCUGUACUUCCUGCAUAAUUU